GUUGUCCAGGUCCCUGGUGACCGGCGAAGAGUGGUGUUGAUCAAGGCCAAUGCCUCACAGAGAGAGAAGAUGGUGAGGCCCAGGGCGACAGAAGCUGUCGCAGGCUCUGCACAGAGGGUAGACGAGCCGGCCCUCUGAAGGACAUGGUUCAGACUGUCCCGGACCCCACCGCGCAUAUCGAGGAAGCGCUAUCUGUGGUGAGCGAGGACCAGUCGUUAUUUGAGUGUGCCUACGGGACGCCACAUCUGGCUAAGACAGAGAUGACCGCGUCCUCCUCCGGUGACUAUGGCCAGACUUCCAAGAUGAGCCCGCGGGUCCCUCAGCAGGACUGGCUGUCCCAACCCCCCACCAGGGUCACCAUCAAGAUGGAAUGCCACCCUAGCCAAGUGAACGGCUCCAGGAACUCCCCUGAUGAAUGCAGCGUGGCCAAAGGCGGGAAGAUGGUGAGCAGCCCGGACACGGUGGGCGUGAACUACGGCAGCUACAUGGAGGAGAAGCACAUGCCGCCCCCCAACAUGACCACCAACGAGCGCAGGGUGAUCGUGCCUGCAGACCCUACCCUGUGGAGCACGGACCACGUCCGGCAGUGGCUGGAGUGGGCAGUGAAGGAAUACAGUCUCCCAGACGUGGACAUCUUACUGUUCCAGAACAUCGAUGGGAAGGAGCUGUGUAAGAUGACCAAGGACGACUUCCAGAGGCUCACUCCGAGCUACAACGCCGACAUCCUCCUCUCUCACCUCCACUACCUCAGAGAGACUCCUCUUCCACAUUUGACUUCCGAUGAUGUUGAUAAAGCCUUACAAAACUCUCCGCGGUUAAUGCAUGCUAGAAACACAGGGGGUGCGGCUUUUAUUUUCCCAAAUACUUCAGUAUACCCUGAAGCUACGCAAAGAAUUACAACUAGGCCAGAUUUACCUUACGAGCCUCCCCGGAGGUCAGCCUGGACUGGACAUGGCCAUCCGGGCCCUCAGUCCAAAGCUAUCCAGCCGUCUCCUUCCGCAGUGUCCAAAACUGAAGAUCAGCGCCCCCAGUUAGACCCUUAUCAGAUCCUGGGACCAACAAGCAGCCGCCUCGCUAACCCAGGUAGUGGCCAGAUCCAGCUGUGGCAGUUCCUCCUGGAGCUCCUGUCUGACAGCUCCAAUUCCAACUGCAUCACCUGGGAGGGCACCAAUGGGGAAUUCAAGAUGACGGACCCCGACGAGGUGGCCCGGCGCUGGGGAGAGCGCAAGAGCAAGCCCAACAUGAACUACGACAAGCUCAGCCGCGCCCUCCGCUAUUACUAUGACAAGAACAUCAUGACCAAAGUCCACGGGAAGCGCUACGCCUACAAGUUCGACUUCCACGGGAUUGCCCAGGCCCUGCAACCUCACCCCCCCGAGUCGUCCCUCUACAAAUACCCCUCGGACCUCCCGUACAUGGGCUCCUACCACACCCACCCGCAGAAGAUGAACUUCGUGGCUCCCCACCCUCCAGCCCUCCCCGUCACCUCGUCCAGUUUCUUCGCUGCCCCGAACCCCUACUGGAAUUCCCCGACCGCGGGCAUCUACCCGAACACUCGGCUUCCGGCCAGCCACAUGCCUUCCCACCUGGGCACUUACUACUAGGGUGCCACGGGGCCUUUCCUGCCACCGUGCCACCACCGCGGACUGCUACAAACUCUAUGGGACAGCAGGGAUGAGAAGUGCCUCGCAGGGGAGGAGAGGCUUGGCUGGGGCUGGGAAGGCAACCAGGAGAGUCCUGAAGACUCACAGCAGCGGGGCAGUGGCGGAAGUGUUAACCACAGACCUGAAGAGGGGCUCAGAGCGCAGUGCGCAGGGACCUGUCACCUGCGGGCCAGCCUUGUCGAGGACCUUGUGCCUGGUAGAAGCAUGCACUCGGAAAGACAAAUGCCAAAGAGCGUGGCCUUAAAUAGCGUAGAGACCGUAGCAUAGAGGUUGGGAUCCGGCUCCUGAGGCCCGGGAUUCAACCUAAGUACUCGAGGUAACUCAGUCUUGGCCUUGCACACUGUGUAGAGGGUCAUGGAAGGAAAACUACCUGUAUUUAAAAAUAGAAACAUAUCACAGCCAAAACCAAAGGGGAAGACCAGAGAGAGACCAGCCCCCUUGAGGAGGCUGGCAGGGGACCACAGGCCUGCUGUGUUGGUUGGGAUGGGGUUCAGUCCUCCGCAGUGGGAAGCAAGCAGCUCUGCCAGUGGUGAAGACGACCGGUUUGCACCCCCUUACAGCAUUGCAGGAACCACGAGCCAGGCGUUGGACAGAGGAUGUGUGCAGACAGUGAGUGUGACUGUAGACAAAGAGUCGGAGGAGGUAGAGGAGGAGAGAGAGGAAGAGGAGAAGAGGGAGAGGAGGAAUGAGAGAAGGAAGAGGAGGAGUGAGAGGAGGAGGAGAAAAACGUGGGAAGAAACUUCUCUGGGUUUAGGACACUUGGAGAGUAAGUUGUGAGACUCAUGUUCUGAUGCUGUCAGUGUUAUACCAAAGCCAGUGUUAGACAGGGAGAGCGGAAGUAGAAUUCAGGACCAAAAAUGUGCAUCUCUCUCUCUUUAUUUUUAUCUUUGUUAAAAGCAAAUUUAAACUGGAAUUGUCUAAUAUUUAAAAGAAACGUUCAGGAUUGAGCAUUCAGGGGCUCUGUGCCCACAGGGUCAGUGGGACACGGCCUCACGGCCACCACCGUCAGAGAUGGCAGAUGCACUCGGGGCAGGCGGGCUCCAGGUUUCCUUUUUGAGUCGCGAACGCUGUGCGUUUGUCAGAAUGAAGUAUACGAGUCAAGGGUUUUGUUUUUCCUUUUUAUAUAAUAAUUAUAUAACUUAUGCAUUUAUACACUACGAGUUGAUCUCGGCCAGCCAAAGACAUGUGACAGAAAAAAGAGACAAUCAACAAUAUAAUGUGGCCUUGAAUUUUAACUCUGUAUGCUUAAUGUUUACAUAUGAGAUGAUUAGUUCUUAGGAUGCAGAAUGUAUGUAAUAAAAUAAGCUUGGCCUAGCGCGGCAAAUCAGAUUUA